AAUUAGGAUAUUCCUUCUUCUGCGAAUCAACAUGGCUUUGACUUUUGAACCUUUGCAUUUUUGGCAAAAUCGGCAUAUGUAUUUUUAGAAUCUUUGGCUUACAAGAUAUUCCCAAGAAAAAAAAGAAUGUUGCUGGAGAGGUUGUACUUAUAACAGGAGCUGGAAGUGGACUUGGGAGGCUAAUGGCCCAUAAAAUUUGCCAGCCUUGAGCCAUUUUAGUUCUAUGGGACAUUAUAGAGAAGGCAAUAUGGAAACAGUAGACUGGCCAAAGAAAAAGGGUGGUGAGAAAGUAUGUUGCUAUAAGUGUGACUGUAGCAACAGGGAAGAGGUCUACGCGGUGCUGAUCAGGUUAAGGAAGACGUUGGUGAUGUGACCCUCCUCAUUAACAAUGCUGGCGUGGUCACAGGAAAGCUGUUCCUCGACACUCCAGAUGACAUGGUGGAAAGAUCAUUUCGUGUAAAUGUCCUAUCUCAUUUCUGGACUUGUAAGGCCUUCCUUCCUGCCAUGAUUAAAGCUAACCAUGGUCAUUUGGUCUGUAUUUCAAGUGCAGCAGGAUUAAUUGGUAUUAAUGUACUAUCAGAUUAUUCUUCAAGCAAAUUUGCAGCUUUUGGCUUUGCAGAGUCUCUCUUGUUUGAAUUAAAACUAGUACAGAAAAGUAAUGUUAAAACCACCAUCGUUUGCCCAUAUUUCAUCAAAACUGGAAUGUUUAAUGGUGCUACAAGCAAGUUCCCACUUCUGUUGCCUUUACUGGAGCAGGAGUAUGUGGCCCAAAGAAUUGUAAAUGCUAUUUUAGAGGAACAAAUCUACUUAAUAACACCAAGAUUUAUAUAUUUUGGAAUGAUCCUUAAACAAGUAUUACCUUCAAAGAUGGCAAUUGCCCUCGUUGAGUACCUUGGCAUAGGUACUUGCAUGACCUCUUUCAGAGGGCGAGAGAAAGUUCAGACUGAAACUGAGAAGCAGCACCAAAGCUGAAGCCCAGAUGUGGUAAUAAAAGAACGUGUUAUGAGGACAGACUCUCUGGAACUCCUCCUAACGUGAAAUCAUUCCAGCGUACCGAGGAUUUCUAAGGCAUUUAAAUGUGCCAACCUUAUGCCCAGGACAUGGUUUACAUAUCAACAAUUAUUCUAGCCAUUCAAAUUAUGUAUGCAGUUUUUCCUAUUAUUUUUUAGUUUGGUAGAUAAAGACAUCACAGCCAUUCCAAUGAAUUUAGUAAAUGUAAUGUAUUGAUAAAAACAUAUUAAUGUAAAUUAACCCUAAUUUAAUUUUUAAAGACAUAAUACUUUUAGAAAAGGGGUUAUUAUAAAUAAUGAUCUUAUAAAUCAGUGUCUUAGGCUGAUAAUUUUUUAACAUCUGAAUUAAAGAAACAUUAGUUUUCUAAUUAGGAAAAAAAUGUUUAUCUCACAAAGUGAAGGGUUUUUGUAUUACUUAUUAAUUCCUACUGGAGUGGAUGAUUAUAUUAAGUUCCUUAGCAGGCUCAAGUCUCCUUAUUCAAUAAAAUAAAUCCAUAACUAAUUAUGUUUGUUUGCAUCUGAAUUUACCAAACAAUUCAUAACUUCUUUACUCCAUAAGAAAAAAUAGGACACAUUAGAUUUAUAUAUACUGCAGUUUUCAGAAGAAAACUUAUUGUCAUAAUUAAGUUAAUAAAAUGUUCCUAGUAUUGAUGUACUUGAAUAUACAAUAAAAACUCCCCUUU